CUGGCAGCACCUGGUGGCCCCAGGGAGGGCGCGGCUGGUUGCCAAGGCCUCAGGUAGCUGAGUUCCCGGAAGCAGGAAGCAGUCUGUGCCACCCAGGACCCAGGACCUGCCUGGCUGGGGGAGCUGGGCCGCUUCCCAGAGACAGGUGGGCACCUGAGGGCGCGCGUCCCUGGCGAGAUGGCUGUGCCGGCUGAGGACCUGCGGCAGGAGCUGGAGGCCACGGCCCAGGAGGUGCUGGGGCGUCUGCGGAGCCACCAGCUGUUCCAGUCCGGGUGGGACACGGCCGCCUUCGUUGUCUUCCUCACCUUCGUGGGCACCGUGCUCUUCCUGCUGCUCCUGGUGGUCGUGCACUGCUGCUGCUGCUGCUGCUGCGACCGCCCUGCCCCCCAGAAGCACCGCGCCAAGGGAGUGGACAACCUGGCCCUGGAGCCUUAAGGCCACCACGAGGCCGCCGGCCCCUUCCCGCAACCUCCUGUGACAGUAACACGCCCGGUGUUUGCCCAGA